AUGGAGCGCAUGGACAGGCCUCCGCGGCCCCGCCCUCACGAGCGGCAGAUGGAAGGGGCCCAGACGCCCCCGGUGAUGGAGUUCAAGGCGCACCCCAUUCCGCUGGCUCGGAUCCGGAGAAUCAUGCGAGCGGAUGCGGACGUGAACAUGAUCUCGGCUGAGACUCCGGUGCUGUUCGCCCGAGCGUGCGAGAUGUUCAUCGAGGAUUUGACCGCCAGGGCCUGGAAGAAGGCCCAGGAGAGCGGACGCAGGACCGUCAACAAGAGCGACAUUGUCCAGAUUGUCAGUGGAACCAAAAUUUUGGACUUUCUGGAUGACAUCCUGCCUCCGGAAUGGGCCUCUGGAUCCAAACCCGAGCAAGACAGGAUGGAAGAAACUCCACCGAAGCCUUUUCCCGAUGCCGUGAGUGAUUUCGUAUCUCUUUCGUGUGCACAAAAUUCUCAGAACUAUUUCACCAUGUGCCACUUGAUUUAA